CUUUCAUAACGACCCCACGUAAUAUGCAAGCAAUCAAAUGUGUUGUUGUAGGCGAUGGCGCUGUAGGAAAGACGUGCCUCUUGAUAUCCUAUACAACAAAUGCCUUUCCCGGAGAGUAUAUACCAACUGUAUUCGAUAACUAUUCCGCCAACGUGAUGGUUGAUGGAAAGACGAUUUCUCUUGGGCUAUGGGAUACAGCAGGACAAGAGGAUUACGACCGCCUUCGCCCGCUUUCAUACCCCCAAACAGACGUGUUCUUGAUUUGCUUCUCGCUUGUUAGCCCCCCCAGUUAUGAGAACGUGAGGACCAAGUGGUACCCCGAAAUAUCUCAUCACGCACCAUCAACCUCCAUUGUUCUUGUCGGCACGAAACUUGAUCUGCGCGAGGAUCCAGCAACGAUCGAGAAAUUGCGGGAUCGCCGCAUGGCACCCAUUCAGUAUUCGCAGGGCGUUGCAAUGUCGAAAGACAUCGGAGCUGUGAAAUACCUCGAAUGCUCCGCUCUGACGCAGAAAGGUCUGAAGACCGUUUUUGACGAGGCAAUUCGCGCCGUUCUGAACCCACCCCCUCCAGUCAAGAGAGGUGGCAAGGGCAGAUCUUGCAUCAUUGCAUGAGGAUGGUCAACCUGUUAGAUUCGUGUGGAAAUGGAUUUGUAUUCCCGUAUUACUUAUAUCACGCCAUUUAUGUUCUUUUUGCUCAGAGAUUAUGAUUUGUAUGUUUUUUUCCCCGACUUGGCGCUUGUUGUAAAAUGAAAACAAGUGUGUGUACAAGUAAGUAAUAAAAGAUUGAUGCUGUCAAGUGCC